CAGAAGAUGUGGAAGUUUCUUCUUAACCUGUCUGUUUCCUCAUAUAUCUUUUCUGGGAACAAAAGAAUUCUCCGUUUCUUACUUCUGAGUGACUGAAAGGCAAGGAUUAAAGAAAUGCUAAAGUUUAAAAAUUCCUAAUGAUGGCUAAUGCCUGUAAUCCCAGCACUUUGGGAGGCCGAGACGGGAGAAUCACUUGAGGUCAAGAGUUCGAGACUAGGCUGGCCAACAUAGAGAAACCCUAUCUGUGCUAAAAAUACAAAAAUUAGCCAGACGUGGUGGCGGGCACCUGUUAUCCCAGCUGUUCAGGAGGCUGAGGCAGGAAAAGCACUUGAACUCUGGAGGUGGAGGUUGCAUUGAGCCAAGAUCGCAUCACUGCACUCUAGCCUUGGCAACAGAGCAAGACUCCAUCUGAAAACGAAACAAAACUGGCCAGAUUCGGUGGCUCACACCUAUAAUCCCAGCACUUUGGGAGGCUGAGGUGGAUAGGAUCACCUGAGGUCAGGAUUUCAAGACCAGCUGGCCAAUAUGAUGAAACCCCAUCUCUAGAAAAAAUACAAAAAAUUAGCUGGGUGUGGUGACAGACAUCUGUAAUCCCAGCUACUUGGGAGGCUGAGGCAGGAGAAUCAAUUGAACCCGGGAGGUGGAGGUUGGAGUGAGCCGAGAUCACCCCACUGCACUCCAGACUGAGUGACUCCAUCUCAAAAUUUAAAAAAAUUUUCAUCCAUUAGUUACAAGUUGGAAACUGUACAGCUUCAUUACCUAUUAACUGUGUUUAGGAGUUUAGUACCUAUUUUUCUUCUAUCAGCCAACCCCAAAUGAAACCACUGGGAAAAGUUGAAAACUUGAGCUCCUCUCGAGCCAGCCGCCUUCUGCUUGCAGUUGGUUUGGUCUCCCUCUGAACCAGAUUAGAAUCCAGAAGCUUUUCUCCCCUCAACUCUCCUUUAACUCGAUGACACUUUCCAGGAAGAAGAGUGAAACUGAUGCAUUUGGGGAAGCAAAAUAUCCUAAUCAGUGUUUCUCCAACUUGAGAAUGCCUAUGUUCAUUAAUAUUUUUUUCACAGAAUUCAGUGUUGUUUUUAUUAUAGUUAUUGAAAUGUGUACAGAGAUAAAACUGCUUACAACUUCUGUAUCAUAAAGCUUUCCAUGAACUGACGAUUGUUUUGCUGAAUCCAUGUCACUGCUUAUGACAUGAGUAGUGCUGGGAUUGCGAUGUUGGUGCGACUCAGGUGGGGGAUGCCUGUGUCACAUGUGCUGGGAGAAGUUUCCAGCCUCUUCGACCCAUCACUUGAGUGAGACUGCCACAAGCCACUGUGCUCCCAGAAUGCUGUGAUAUCAUUUGACCUUUGCUAGAACUGAACCAUAGUUAUGGAGUCUGUUUUCUGCUUUAUUAGCUUGUGACACUGAGUAAUGCAAAUAUUUGCUAGAAGAUGUUAAUACUGUUUUGUUUUUUGUUUUUUAAGAUUAUGACUAAGGCCAGGCACAGUCACUCACACCUGUAAUCCUAGCAUUUCUGGAGGCCAAGGCAUGGGGAUUGCUUGAGCCCAGGAGUUUGAGACCAACCUGGGCAACAUGGUGAAACCCCAUCUUUACAAACAAGACAAAAAUCAGGCAGGUGUGGUGGUGCACUCCUGUGGACCCAGCUAUUCGGGAGGCCGAGGUGGGAUGAUCAUUUGAGCCCAAGAGGGUAAGGCUGCAGUGAGCUAUGUUUGUGCCACUGCACUCCAGCCUGGAAGAUGGAGUGACACUGUCUCAAGGAAGCAAAAAAAAAAAAAGAAAAAAUUAUGUCUAAAUAAUGUUUAGGCAGUGUCAGAACUCAGAAACUGACAGCUUGAGAAUGAGAAAUACUGUCCUGGUGGUUAAGAGCCUGAGCCCCCACUGGGGACCCCGUUCUGCCAAGUGUGUUUGUGGAACUGUGCCACCGCUGGAAUCUCUGAAUAUUUGUGUCCUCAUCUCCAAUACCGGAGCUCACAGUACCUCCCUUGCAGAGCUAUGAUGAGGAUAAGAUGCAGGUAAAUGUUAGCUCACUGCCUGCCAUGAAGUAGGUGAAUGUUGAAAUCAUGAAUAAAAGAAUAAAGAUUGAGGAUGUGAAUAAUAUAAUUGUCUUUAAGUAGGUUCUGGAUAGUUUUUCCCCCCAUGGGUGCUGAAGAAGACAUGAAUAAAAGGAAGAUCAGCCAGACACGGUGGCUCACGCCUGUAAUCUGAGUACUUUGGGAGGCCAAGGGUAGAUCACGAGAUCAGGAGUUAAAGACCAGCCUGGCCAAGAUAGUGAAACCCUGUCUCUACUAAAAAUUCAAAAAUUUGCCAGGCAUGGUGGCGGGCACCUGUAAUCCCAGUUACUUGCGAGGCUGAGGCAGGGAAUUGCUUGAACCUGGGAGCCGGAGGUUGCAGUGAGCUGAGAUCACACCACUGCACUCCAGCCUGGGCAACAGAGCAAGACUCCGUCCCAAAGGAAAAAAAAGAUCUAAGGCUGGGCGUGGUGUCUCAUGCCUGUAAUCUCAGCACUCUAGGAGGCCAAGGAAGGUGGAUCAUCUGAGGUCAGGAGUUCGAGACCAGCCUGGCCCACAUGGUAAAACCCUGCCUCUACUAAAAAUACAAAAUUUAGCUGGGUGUGAUGGUGGGUGCCUGUAGUUCCAGCUACUCGAGAGGCUGAUGCAGGAGAAUCACUUGAACCCGGGAGGUGGUGGUUGCAGUGAACCAAGACUGUGCCACUGCACUCUAGCCUGGGUGACAGAGUGACACUCUGUCUCUGGAAAAAAGAGAACUAUUGAGGUUUUUAAUAAUAUCCUCUUUCAGUGGGUUUGGAUAGCUUUAGGUGACUCUUAGGUAGAAGGUAUCAGGACAAGGACUAUCAAUGGAGGGGUGUGAGCACCAUCUUGGCACUGUGUUCAUCCAUUUACAUCUUUGCACACACACAUGCUGUGAUUUGCUCUGAGCUGCAGCAUUGGGCAGAGAUAAGUGUUUGUAGGAGAAUUUGAUGUAACCGAACAAUCUCCCUAGCCAAAUUUUUGUCAGUGUAUUCACAAAGUUAUAAACUUACCCAGUGUUAUAUCCCCAAGAAGCAAGAACUAAAAAAUGACAGCCCUAAGAAAGGGUGGAAAGACCUCUUCUGAGGUGGCAGAUUCUUUGUAGUACCCAUGAAGUAAGCCACUGAGUUUAUGAGGUGAAAGCAAAACUUCCUCCUGUGAGCCAAACACAGGAGUAUCAUGGCAGUUCUAUUAUGAAUAUCUAUGUGUGGCACUGAAAUGGGCCUAAAUGUGACUUGUGCAGUUAAUCAUUACCCCAGCGGUUGUCUCAACGACUUGAUUUCCCUAGGCUGCGAGCAGUUCACCUGCAGAGGAGGCUCCAGAAAGCAGCAUGUCCCCCUUGCUCUUUGGGGCUGGGCUGGUGGUUUUGAAUCUGGUGACGUCUGCCAGGAGCCAGAAGACAGAACCUCUGAGUGGCUCUGGGGACCAGCCACCCUUCCAUGGAGCUGAUCGAUAUGACUUUGCCAUCAUGAUCCCUCCAGGAGGCACGGAAUGCUUUUGGCAAUUUGCCCACCAGACUGGAUACUUCUAUUUCAGUUAUGAGGUUCAGCGGACCGUGGGGAUGUCACAUGACCGGCAUGUUGCUGCCACUGCACACAACCCACAGGGAUUUCUCAUAGACACUUCCCAGGAUGUUCGGGGCCAGAUUAACUUCUCUACCCAAGAGACAGGUUUUUAUCAGCUUUGUCUAAGUAAUCAGCAUAAUCACUUCGCUUCCGUGCAAGUGUACCUCAACUUUGGAGUUUUCUAUGAGGGGCCUGAGAUUGAUCACAAACAAAAGGAAAGAAAACAACUGAACGAUACUCUGGAUGCAAUAGAGGACAGCACACAAAAGGUGCAGAACAGCAUCUUUCACAUGUGGCGAUACUACAACUUUGCCCGGAUGAGGAAAAUGGCUGACUUUUUCCUUCUCCAGUCAAACUACCAUUAUGUGAACUGGUGGUCCACAGCCCAGAGCCUUGUUAUUAUUCUUUCUGGGAUCCUGCAACUGUAUUUCUUGAAGCGUCUCUUCAAUGUUCCAACAACUACAGACACAAAGAAGCCAAGAUGCUAAGUUAAGCUGACUACAGCACCCUGGCUCUUUUCUUCUGGGGCAGAAGCUUAGUCGAAUCAGCUUUGUAACAACCCUCUGGGACAAAAAUCAAUUUAUCUCAUAAAUGUUUAAGUCUGCUGCACACAUCGAAAAAGGCAAAAUGGCAAUAAAGAAUAACAAUGAAAAAGU